CCCUCCCCCCAUUUCCCCUCUCCUCUCACUUCCAGGUCAACACUCCUUGGUCACCAACAUCACAACAAUAACCUCAGAACCCUGACAGUAGAGAGACCCUCCUGUCACUCUCGUUAUCAUGCCCACUCCCGAAGUUCAUCAUCUUUUUCAUAACCCAAUUGCUGAUCAUUCUUUUUCUCCGGACAAAUCAACCCUUGCAGUUGCACGGGAUAGCAAUGUGGAGCUCUACCAGAAAUCAGGCAACAAGUUCUCAUUGACCGAUGAGCUCAAAGGCCAUGAGAAAAUAGUGACCGGUGUGGACAUUGCUCCCAAUAGCGGUCGUAUCGUUACUUGCUCGCAGGACAGAAAUGCUUACGUUUGGGAGCGCACUCCAUCGGGCUGGAAGCCAACUCUCGUAUUACUUCGCAUCAACCGAGCUGCGACUUUUGUAAGGUGGUCACCCUCGGAGCAGAAGUUCGCUGUUGGUUCAGGUGCUCGUGUGAUCGCUGUGUGUUAUUUCGAGGAGGAGAAUGACUGGUGGAUUUCAAAACAUUUAAAGAAGCCGAUCCGGAGUACUAUCACCACUCUCGCUUGGCAUCCAAACUCGGUGCUUCUGGCUGCAGGCUCCACUGACUCUCACGCUAGAGUCUUUUCUAGCUUUAUCAAGGGAGUCGAUACACGUCCGGAGCCGAGUGCCUGGGGAGAACGCCUGCCCUUCAACACAAUCUGCGGCGAGUUCCUGAAUGACUCCGCUGGCUGGAUCCACGGAGUUUCAUUCUCUCCCAGCGGCAAUGCCCUUGCCUUCACUGGCCAUGAUAGUAGUAUCACGGUCGUCUACCCGAGUGCCCCAGAACAGCCUCCUCGAGCGAUGCUUAACGUUACAACCCGCCUACUUCCCUUUAACAGCUUGAUUUGGAAUGGAGAAAACGAGAUCAUCGCUGCCGGUCAUGAUUGCGAACCAUACCGCUUCGGCGGCGAUGAAAGUGGAUGGCAGCUUACGGGGACCAUCGAAAACAAGACAGGACCAGGGGCCGGCAGUGCGCGGGAAGAGUCCGCUCUGCACAUGUUCCGUCAGAUGGAUCUCAAGGGGCAAACUCAGGCCGAUACCCAACUCAAGUCAACCCACCAAAACACCAUCAGCACUGUGAGGGUGUAUGAGGAGACCAACGGAGUUCUGUCCAAAUUUAGCACGAGUGGGGUUGAUGGUCGUGUUGUUGUCUGGACAAUUUGAACUCAUCUGAUGAUGGUUACAGGGAGAGGUCUAGUGCCGCAGCUUGGCACUUUCUUGCCUUUCUCUUCUGAUACUGCACUACCAUAUUGUAAAUGCUAUGGUCACUGUAGGAACGCAUCCAAGUACAUACAAUAUGAUCAAAUAUGUUUACAC